AGCGGAGGAGGGAGCCCUGGCCGCGUCCGCGUCGCUAGGGAAACCGCUGCAGCUGGAGUUCGCGCGCGAUGCCGAGCGCGGAAGAGCGGGCCGCUCUGGCUGAGGAGAACGCGGACGAGGAACCCUGCGCGGACCCACGUCUGCGACUCCUGGGAGCCUACGUGGCCCAGAGCCUGCGGCCGGCUGCGGGCGCCUGGGAGCGCUGCGCUGGCACGGCGGAGGCGGAGCAGCUACUCCACGCCUUCCUGGGCCGCGAGGCUGCCGAAGGACGGUGGCCGCUGCUAAUGGUGCGACCCGGGCCCGGGGGCCUGACGGUGCAGCCGAGGCUGGACCUGGGACCCGAGUCUGGCCCGCCUCGCACUAAGGGGCUUUUUUUUCUGCGCACCGGGCUGGAGCCGCCGGGGCCCAACAGCCUCCGCGGCGCCGUGCUCUGCGGGGACGUGCCCGCCGCGCCUCUGGAGUAUGUGGCUGCGCUCUUCUCUGAGGUAGUUAUCCCUGUCUUGGCCAAUGAGAAGAAUCACCUAGACUGGCCCCACGUGGUGUGUCGAGAUGUCCAGCAGCAUGCCCACAGCCUCCAGUGGGACCUCCUGGUUCUCCUUGAACAAGUGAAGGGGAAAACUUUGCUGCCUCUUCCAGUAGGCUCAGAAAAAAUGGAGUUUGUGGAUUCUGAAAGUGAGACCAGCUUGGAUUCUGCAGAUAAGUCAGUCAUUUAUGCCAUUGAGUCUGCAGUGAUCCAGUGGAGUCACCAUGUACAGGUGGUACUCAAGAGAGAAUCUUCCCGGCCACCUCUACCACGGGGGAGUCCCACCCCUAAGGUGGAGUUGGAGUUCUGGAAGAGCAGGUCUGAGGAUCUGGAAUACAUUCAUAACCAGCUAAGAUCGGCACGGGUGAGGGCCAUGGCAGGGCUCCUGGAGAAGCUUCACAGCAGCUACUUCCCAGCGUUCCAAGCCAUGUGCAGGGAUGUCCUAGCAGCUCUGAGGGAGGCGCAGGAUGUCCACAUGCACCUGAUGCCACUCUGCCGCCAGCUAGAAACCCUAGAGGGCCUGGAGUUUCCGGAGGUGAAGCCAUGGCUGCGACCUCUGCUCCACGUGGUGUGUCUGAUUUGGGCCACGUGCAAGUCCUACCGCUCCCCAGGGAGGCUCACUUUGCUGCUCCAGGAGAUCUGCAACCUUCUCAUCCAGCAGGCCUCUGAUUAUCUCAGCCCAGAAGACCUCCUGAGAAGUGAGAUAGAAGAAAGUCGGACAAAACUGCAAGUGGUCGUGGACACCUUGAACUUCUUUAAGCAGGUGUUUCAGGACAGAAGGGAGAAUCUCCACACUUACUUCAAAGAGAACCAGGAAGUCAGGGAGUGGGAUUUCCAGACUUCUUUGGUCUUUGUGCGAUUGGAUGGCUUCCUGGGACGACUGCACAUGGUGGAGGAUCUUCUGAAGACAGCCUUGGAUUUCCACAAACUGGAAAAGCUUGAGUUUAGUGGCAUCAGAGGGAAUUCCCUGAGUCAGCAGGUCCAGCAAAUGUAUGAUGAAUUUCAAGAGAUGUACAAGGUCUUUUCAGAGUCCUCCUAUGACUGCCUGGACCUCGAAAGCACGGAAUUUGAAAAUGACAUCUCUGAAUUUAACCAGAGAGUAGAAGACCUUGACCGCAGACUGGGGACUGUCUUUAUUCAAGCCUUUGAUGAUGCCCCUGAUUUGGAGCACGCCUUUAAGCUGCUGGACAUAGCAGGAAGCCUCCUGGAAAGACCACUGGUAGCACGGGAUACAUCUGCCAAGUACCUGGUGCUCAUCCAAAUGUUCACCACAGACCUGGAUGCAGUGAGGAUAAUCUAUCGUCAGCAUGAACAGGAGGAGGCCGAACUCGGGUUCUCCUUGGUGCAUAAGAACAUGCCCUGUGUGGCUGGGGGUCUCCGCUGGGCACAGGACCUGAGGCAUCGCAUCCAGGGUCCCUUCGCUGACUUCAGACGCGUUGUACAUCCUUGCAUGGAGUCUACUGAAGGAAAGCGAAUGAUACAAAAAUAUGAGGAUGUGAUCUCAUUGCUGGAAAACUAUGAGACACGACUUUAUGAGACCUGGUGCCAGACGGUAUCAGAGAAGUCACAGUACAAUCUUUCUCAGCCGCUUCUGAAACGUGACCCAGAGACAAAGCAGAUUACAGUCAACUUUAACCCACAGCUGAUUUCAGUGAUGAAAGAAAUGAGUUAUCUUCAACCCAGGCAGAUGAAGCACAUCCCUGAGACAGCAAUAGCCAUGUUCUCCUCCAGGGAAUUCUAUCGGCAGCUUGUGGCUAAUUUGGAGUUGAUGGCAAAUUGGUACAACAAGGUUAUGAACACUCUGCUAGAGGUGGAAUUUCCAUUAGUGGAGAAAGAGCUGCAGAAUAUCGAUCUCUGCCUGAGAGCUGCAGAGGAGACUCUGAACUGGAAAACAGAAGGCAUUUGGGAUUAUGUCAAUCAAAUCUCCAACAAUAUUCAUGAUCUUGAACAAAGAAUUCAGAAAACCAAAGACAAUGUGGAAGAGAUUCAAAGCAUCAUGAAAACAUGGGUGUCUCCAAUCUUUAAGAGAAAAGAUGGGAGAAAGGAAGGCCUUCUUUCCAUGGAUGAUCAGCAUGAUCGAAUGGAAAAAUAUUACAGUUGCAUCGAAGAAUCUGGCCUUAAGAUUCAUACCCUUGUUCAGGAUAACCUGCAUCUUUUUUCAGCAGAUCCAACCUCCAAUAUAUGGAAGACUUACGUUAACUACAUAGAUGAUAUGUUGCUAGAUGGAUUCUUUCUUGCCAUCGAGUGCUCCCUCAAGUACCUUCUGGAAAAUACUGAAUGUAAGGCUGUGCUCACCCCCAUAUUUGAAGCACAGCUGAGCUUAGAAAUCCCAGAAUUAGUUUUCUACCCAUCUCUGGAGUCCGGAGUGAAGGGCGGUUUCUAUGACAUUGUUGAAGGUCUUGUCAACAGCAUUUUUAGAAUAUCGUCUUUGGUGCCACGGCUGUCCCCACAAAACAGUGCUCCCCACUAUCAGGUUGACAUGGAGGGCAUGGCUGACUUGGCAAGGAUGCGGGUCACACUCAUGGACAGAGUCCAGAGCAUGAGCGCCCUCUGCUGCAAGUAUCGAAACACCUUCGGGCAAUAUUCCUACCUCUACGUGGAGGACCGGAAGGAGAUUCUGGGUCAGUUUCUGUUGUAUGGGCGUGUCCUCACCCCUGAGGAGAUCGAAGCCCAUGUGGAAGAGGACAUCCCAGAGAACCCUCCCCUCCUCCAUCAGUUUAAAGCACAAAUCGAUUUCUAUGAAAAGCUCUACGAAGAUGUGUGCAGGCUGGAGCCCAUCAAGGUGUUUGACAGCUGGAUGAAGAUUGACGUGCGACCCUUUAAAGCAUCUCUGCUGAAUAUAAUUAAGAAGUGGAGCCUCAUGUUCAAGCAGCAUCUUGUUGACUAUGUCACUGACAGCUUGGCUGACCUUGAAGUGUUUAUAAAAAAUUGUGAAAGCAGCUUGCUCAAGAAAGUCGAAAAAGGAGAUUUCAAAGGAUUGGUUGAGGUAAUGGAACACCUCAUGGCUCUUAAGGAACGGCAGAGCAGCACCGAUGAGAUGUUUGAGCCCUUAAAGCAAACUAUUGAAUUGCUGAAGACCUAUGAACAACAAUUGCCAGAAACAGUGUUUAAGCAGCUAGAGGAGCUGCCUGAAAAAUGGAACAAUAUAAAAAAGUUGGCCAUCACUGUGAGGCAGCACGUGGCCCCGCUGCAGGCGAACGAAGUGACUCUUCUCCGCCAGAGGUGUGCAGCGUUUGAGCUUGAACAGCAGCAGUUCUGGGAGCGAUUCCGCAAAAAAGCUCCCUUCAGGUUUGAUAGCACUGACCCUCAUCAGAUGCUGGAUGCCAGGCACCUUGAGAUCCAGCAGAUGGAAUCCACCAUGGCCUCCAUUUCUGAUUCUGCCAUCUUGUUUGAGGUCAACAUUCCCGACUACAAGCAGCUGAAGCAGUGCAGGAAGGAGGUCUGCCAGCUGAAGGAGCUCUGGGACACAGUUGGCAUGGUGACCUCCAGUAUCCGUGCCUGGGAGACCACUGCAUGGAAGAAUAUUAAUGUGGAGGCCAUGGACUUGGAGUGCAAGCAGUUUACCAGGCACAUCCGGAAUCUUGACAAGGAGGUCAGGGCCUGGGAUGCAUUCACAGGCCUGGAAAGCACCGUGCUGAAUACCCUGACCUCCCUGAGGGCAGUGGCUGAGCUGCAGAAUCCGGCCAUCCGGGACCGACACUGGAGGCAGCUGAUGCAGGCCACGGGCGUGAGCUUCACCAUGGACGAGGACACCACCCUGGCACACCUCCUUCAGCUCCAGCUGCACCACUUUGAGGACGAGGUCAGGGGCAUUGUGGACAAAGCUGUGAAAGAGAUGGAUAUGGAGAAGAUCUUAAAGGCGCUGCAGACCACCUGGGCUGGCAUGGAAUUCCAGUACGAGCCCCACCCGCGGACCAACAUCCCCCUGCUGCGUUCGGACGAGGACCUCAUCGAGGUUCUGGAGGAUAACCAAGUCCAACUGCAGAACCUGAUGAUGUCCAAGUACAUAGCUUUCUUCCUGGAGGAAGUGUCUGGCUGGCAGAAGAAGCUGUCCACAGCUGAUGCUGUUAUCUCUAUCUGGUUUGAUGUGCAGCGGACAUGGUCUCAUCUGGAAAGUAUAUUCAUUGGAUCUGAAGAUAUCCGGGCUCAGCUGCCCCAGGAUUCGAAAAGAUUUGAAGGCAUUGAUAAUGACUUCAAAGAGCUAGUUUAUGAUGCUCAGAAAACUCCAAAUGUAGUGGAAGCCACCAACAAAUCAGGUCUUUAUGAAAAACUGGAAGAUAUUCAGAACAGAUUGUACCUGUGUGAAAAGGCCCUGGCGGAGUACCUGGAUACCAAAAGGCUUGCCUUCCCCAGGUUUUACUUUCUUUCCUCUUCUGAUCUGUUAGAUAUCCUUUCCAAUGGCACAGCUCCACAACAGGUUCAACGCCAUCUUUCCAAACUCUUUGACAAUAUGGCCAAGAUGCAGUUCCAGCUGGACACAAGCGAGAAAACAACCAAGAUAAGCCUUGGCAUGUACAGCAAGGAAGAAGAGUAUGUGGCCUUCAGUGAGCCCUGCAACUGCAAUGGGCAGGUAGAAAUAUGGUUGAACCAUGUGCUUGCUCAUAUGAAGGCCACCGUGAGGCAUGAGAUGACAGAAGGUGUCACUGCCUAUGAAGAGAAGCCGAGGGAGCAGUGGCUGUUUGACUACCCAGCUCAGGUGGCCCUGACCUGCACUCAGAUCUGGUGGACCACAGAGGUGGGCAUUGCAUUUGCCAGGCUGGAGGAAGGCUAUGAGAACGCCAUGAAGGACUAUUACAAGAAGCAAGUGGCCCAGCUCAGAACCCUCAUCACCAUGCUGAUUGGCCAGCUCUCCAAGGGGGAUCGGCAGAAGAUCAUGACAAUAUGCACCAUCGACGUGCAUGCCCGGGAUGUGGUGGCCAAGAUGAUUGCUCAGAAGGUAGACAAUGCCCAAGCCUUCCUCUGGCUAUCCCAGCUGAGGCAUCGUUGGGAUGAUGAGGCCAAACACUGCUUUGCCAACAUCUGUGAUGCCCAGUUUUUAUAUUCCUAUGAGUACCUGGGAAAUACACCUCGCCUGGUCAUCACACCUUUGACAGACAGGUGCUAUAUCACCCUCACCCAGUCUCUGCACCUGACCAUGAGUGGGGCUCCAGCGGGACCUGCAGGCACAGGCAAGACAGAGACCACCAAGGACCUGGGCCGAGCACUCGGUGUCAUGGUCUACGUGUUUAACUGCUCAGAGCAGAUGGACUACAAGUCUUGCGGCAACAUCUACAAAGGCCUUGCUCAGACUGGUGCCUGGGGCUGUUUUGAUGAGUUUAAUCGAAUCUCUGUGGAGGUCCUGUCAGUGGUGGCAGUACAGGUAAAAAGCAUUCAAGAUGCAAUUCGAGAUAAGAAGCUGCGGUUCAACUUCCUGGGGGAGGAGAUUAGCCUGAACCCCUCUGUGGGGAUCUUUAUCACCAUGAACCCAGGCUAUGCCGGCCGCACGGAGCUGCCGGAGAACCUCAAGGCCCUUUUCAGGCCUUGUGCGAUGGUUGUUCCAGACUUUGAGUUGAUCUGUGAAAUCAUGCUGGUGGCGGAAGGAUUCAUUGAAGCCCGGUUAUUAGCCAGAAAGUUCAUCACCCUUUACCAGUUGUGCAAAGAGCUUCUCUCCAAACAGGAUCACUACGACUGGGGCCUGCGGGCUGUCAAGUCAGUGCUGGUGGUGGCAGGGUCCCUGAAGCGAGGGGACCCCGAUCGGCCUGAGGACCAGGUCCUGAUGCGUUCCCUGCGAGAUUUCAACAUCCCCAAGAUCGUGACCGAUGACAUGCCAGUGUUCAUGGGCCUAAUUGGGGACCUCUUCCCUACCCUGGAUGUCCCUCGGAGGAGAGACCUCCACUUCGAAGCUGUGGUGAGGAAGGCGGUAAUGGACCUGAAGCUCCAGGCUGAGGAUAACUUUGUGCUCAAGGUGGUCCAGCUGGAGGAGCUUCUGGCAGUGCGGCACUCUGUGUUCGUAGUGGGCGGUGCUGGUACUGGCAAGUCUCAGGUGCUGAGGUCCCUGCACAAGACCUAUCAGAUCAUGAAACGCCGCCCUGUCUGGACUGACCUCAAUCCCAAAGCAGUCACCAACGAUGAGCUCUUUGGCAUCAUCAAUCCAGCCACACGAGAAUGGAAGGAUGGAUUGUUCUCUUCCAUCAUGCGGGAGCUUGCCAAUAUCACCCAUGAUGGGCCCAAGUGGAUUUUACUGGAUGGUGAUAUCGAUCCAAUGUGGAUUGAGUCUCUGAACACUGUCAUGGAUGAGAACAAGGUGCUGACCCUGGCAAGCAAUGAGAGGAUCCCUCUGAAUCCCACAAUGAGGCUUCUCUUUGAGAUCAGUCACCUGCGCACGGCCACUCCAGCAACUGUCUCCAGAGCAGGGAUCCUGUACAUCAACCCUGCAGACCUGGGAUGGAACCCUCCAGUUAGCAGUUGGAUUGACAAGAGGGAAAUCCAGACAGAAAGAGCCAACUUAACCAUUCUGUUUGACAAGUAUAUUCCAACCUGCUUAGACACCCUCAGAACCAGAUUUCAGAAGAUAAUUCCAAUCUCAGAGCAGAGCAUGGUUCAGAUGCUGUGCCACCUUCUCGAGUGUCUCCUGACCAAGGAGGACAUCCCUGCAGACUGCCCCAAGGAAACUUAUGAGCUUUAUUUUGUGUUCGCUGCCAUUUGGGCUUUCGGCGGAGCAAUGAUCCAAGAUCAGCUUGUGGACUACCGGGCAGAAUUCAGCAAAUGGUGGCUGACAGAGUUCAAGACAGUCAAGUUUCCUUCCCAGGGAACCAUCUUUGACUAUUACAUAGACCCAGAGACCAAGAAAUUCGAACUGUGGUCCCAGCUCAUCCCCCAGUUUGAAUUUGACCCUGAGAUGCCUUUGCAGGCUUGUCUGGUGCACACAAGUGAGACCAUCCGAGUAUGCUAUUUCAUGGAGCGACUCCUGGAGCGGCGGCGGCCAGUCAUGCUGGUGGGGACGGCAGGCACGGGCAAGUCGGUGCUGGUGGGAGCCCAGCUGUCCAGCCUCGCCCCCGAGGAAUACCUGGUGAAAAACGUACCGUUCAACUACUACACCACGUCGGCGAUGCUGCAGGCUGUCCUGGAGAAGCCUCUGGAAAAGAAGGCUGGCAGAAAUUAUGGCCCCCCAGGCAACAAGAAGCUGAUCUAUUUCAUUGAUGACAUGAACAUGCCGGAGGUGGAUGCCUACGGGACUGUGCAGCCCCACACUAUCAUCAGGCAGCACCUGGACUACGGCCAUUGGUAUGAUCGGAAUAAGCUGUCUCUGAAGGAGAUCAUGAAUGUGCAGUAUGUUUCCUGUAUGAACCCCACAGCAGGCAGCUUCACCAUCAACCCUCGGCUUCAGCGUCACUUCAGUGUGUUUGUCCUCUCCUUUCCGGGAGCAGAUGCCCUGUCCUCCAUCUACAGCACCAUCCUGACUCAGCACCUAAAGCUUGGAAACUUCCCAGCAUCACUACAGAAGUCCAUUCCCCAGCUGAUCAAUCUGGCCCUUACCUUCCAUCAGAAAAUUGCCACCACAUUCCUACCAACGGCAAUCAAAUUCCACUAUAUCUUCAAUCUCAGAGACUUUGCCAACAUUUUUCAGGGCAUUCUCUUCUCCUCAGUAGAAUGUAUAAAAUCCACACAGGACCUAGUAAAGCUCUAUCUGCAUGAAUCAAAUCGGGUUUAUCGGGAUAAGAUGGUGGAAGAAAAGGACUUUGUUCUCUUUGAUAAAAUCCAGAAAGAAGUGGUGAAGAAAAUUUUUGAUGAUAUUGAAGAGACUGGGGAGCAGAGCCAAAGCCUGAACUUGUAUUGCCACUUUGCAAACGGCAUUGGUGAACCCAAGUACAUGCCUGUACAAUCAUGGGAACUUCUGACUCAGACUCUGGUGGAAGCCCUGGAGAACCACAAUGAAGUCAAUACCGUGAUGGACUUAGUUCUCUUUGAGGACGCCAUACGCCAUGUCUGCCACAUCAAUCGUAUCUUGGAGUCCCCGCGGGGAAAUGCACUGCUGGUUGGUGUAGGUGGGAGUGGCAAGCAGAGUCUGACAAGGCUUGCAGCUUUCAUCAGCUCCAUGGAUGUAUUCCAGAUCACGCUGCGGAAAGGCUACCAGAUCCCAGACUUCAAGGUGGACCUGGCCGGCGUGUGCCUGAAAGCCGGGAUAAAGAACGUCAGCACGGUGUUUCUCAUGACUGAUGCCCAAGUGGCUGAUGAAAAGUUCCUUGUGCUCAUCAAUGAUCUUUUGGCAUCUGGAGAGAUCCCAGAUCUUUACUCUGAUGAUGAAGUUGAAAACAUCAUAAGCAACGUAAGGAAUGAAGUCAAGAGCCAAGGUCUGAUUGAUGACAGAGAGAACUGCUGGAAGUUCUUUAUAGAUCGGGUCCGACGACAACUGAAGGUGGCGCUCUGCUUCUCCCCUGUGGGGAACACGCUGAGGGUUCGCAGCAGGAACUUCCCAGCCAUUGUGAACCGCACGGCCAUCGACUGGUUUCAUGAGUGGCCUCAGCAGGCACUGGAGUCUGUCAGCCUUCGCUUCUUGCAGAGCACCAAGAGCAUCGAGCCCACAGUCAAGCAGUCGAUUAGCAAGUUCAUGGCUUUUGUCCACACAAGUGUCAAUCAAACAUCCCAAUGUUAUCUGAGCAACGAGCAGCGCUACAACUACACAACUCCCAAAUCAUUUCUGGAGUUCAUCAGACUCUACCAGAGCUUGCUGCGCAGGAAAGGAGAAGAGCUCAAGACCAAGAUGGAGCGGCUCCAGAAUGGGCUGCUGAAGCUCCACAGCACCUCCACCCAGGUGGACGAUCUGAAAGCCAAGCUGGCCACCCAGGAAGUGGAGCUGAAGCAGAAGAACGAGAAUGCUGAUAAGCUGAUUCAUGUGGUGGGAGUAGAGACUGAAAAGGUGAGCCGGGAGAAAGUCACAGCAGACGAGGAGGAGGAGAAGGUGGCCCUCAUCAUGCUGGAGGUGAAGCAGAAGCAGAGAGACUGUGAGGAAGACCUGGCCAAAGCAGAGCCAGCGCUCACAGCAGCCCAGGCGGCUCUCAACACCCUCAACAAGACCAACCUGACGGAGCUGAAGUCAUUUGGUUCCCCACCUCUGGCUGUCAGCAAUGUCAGUGCUGCAGUGAUGGCGCUCAUGGCCCCUGGGGGAAAGGUACCCAAGGACCGGAGCUGGAAGGCUGCGAAGGUCGCCAUGGCCAAAGUAGAUGGUUUCCUGGACUCCUUGAUCAACUUUGACAAAGAGAACAUUCACGAGAACUGCCUCAAAGCCAUCAGGCCGUAUCUGCAGGACCCCCAGUUCAAUCCGGAGUUUGUGGCCACCAAGUCCUAUGCGGCUGCAGGCCUCUGCUCUUGGGUCAUAAACAUUGUGAGGUUCUACGAGGUGUUCUGUGAUGUGGAACCCAAGCGCCAAGCAUUGAGCAAAGCCACCUCGGACCUCGCAGCUGCGCAGGAGAAGCUGGCAGCUGUUAAAGCCAGAGUCACGCACCUUAAUGAAAACCUGGCCAAACUCACCGCCAAGUUUGAGAAAGCCACGGCAGACAAACUCAAAUGUCAGCAAGAAGCUGAGGUGACAGCAGGCACCAUCGCCCUUGCAAAUCGCCUGGUGGGAGGACUUGCUUCUGAAAACGUGAGGUGGACAGAAGCUGUGCAGAACUUCCAACAACAGGAAAGGAAAUUGUGUGGAGACAUUUUACUUAUUACGGCUUUCAUUUCGUACCUCGGCUUCUUUACAAAGAAAUACCGGCAGGACCUCAUGGACGGGACCUGGAGACCCUACCUGAGCCAGCUGAAAGCUCCCAUCCCAGUCACCCCCACCCUGGAUCCCCUGAGGAUGCUAGCAGAUGACGCCGACGUGGCUGCCUGGCAGAACGAGGGCCUCCCUGCAGACCGCGUGUCUGUGGAGAAUGCCGCCAUCCUCAUCAACUGUGAGCGCUGGCCGCUCAUGGUUGACCCUCAGCUACAAGGCAUCAAAUGGAUCAAGAACACAUAUGGUGAAGCCCUCCGGGUCACCCAGAUUGGUCAGAAGGGCUACCUUCAAACCAUAGAGCAUGCGCUGGAAGCCGGAAAUGUGGUGCUGAUUGAAAACCUGGAAGAGUCCAUUGAUCCUGUCCUGGGACCCCUGCUGGGGAGAGAAGUCAUUAAAAAAGGAAGGUUCAUUAAAAUUGGAGACAAAGAAUGUGAAUACAAUCCCAAGUUCCGGCUCAUCCUUCACACCAAGCUGGCCAAUCCUCACUACCAGCCCGAGCUGCAGGCCCAGGCUACCCUGAUCAACUUCACUGUGACCAGGGAUGGCCUGGAGGACCAGCUGCUGGCCGCUGUGGUCAGCAUGGAGAGGCCAGACCUAGAGCAGCUGAAGUCAGAUCUCACGAAGCAGCAGAAUGGGUUCAAAAUCACCCUCAAAACCCUGGAAGACAACCUACUGUCUUGCCUCUCCUCAGCAUCUGGGAACUUCCUGGGAGAAACGGCCUUGGUGGAAAACCUUGAGAUCACCAAGCAGACCGCAGCAGAAGUUGAGGAAAAGGUCCAGGAAGCCAAGGUGACCGAAGUGAAAAUCAACGAGGCCCGAGAGCACUAUCGACCCACAGCCACCCGAGCCUCUCUGCUCUACUUCAUCAUGAAUGACCUCAGCAAGAUCCAUCCGAUGUACCAGUUUUCUCUCAAGGCCUUCAGUGUCGUCUUCCAGAAGGCCAUGGAGAAGGCUCCUCCCGCUGAGAGCCUCAAGGAGCGAGUGAUGCACCUAACAGAGAGCAUCACCCUCUCCGUGUACCAGUACACCACCCGCGGGCUCUUCGAGUGUGAUAAGCUGACCUACCUUGCCCAGCUCACCUUUCAGAUUCUCCUCAUGAACCAGGAAGUCAGUGCCGCAGAGCUGGAUUUCCUGCUUCGGUCUCCAGUGCACACAGGCGUCACCAGUCCAGUGGAGUUCCUCUCCCAUCAGGCCUGGGGUGGCAUCAAGGCACUUUCAUCCAUGGAAGAAUUCUGUCAUCUGGAUAGGGACAUUGAGGGAUCUGCCAAAAGCUGGAAAAAGUUUGUGGAAUCAGAAUGUCCUGAGAAGGAGAAGUUCCCACAGGAGUGGAAGAAUAAGACAGCCGUGCAGCGCCUCUGCAUGAUGAGAGCCAUGCGGCCUGACCGGAUGACCUACGCCAUGCGACAUUUUGUUGAGGAGACGUUGGGAAGCAAAUACGUGGCGGGAAGAGCAUUAGACUUCGCAACCUCAUUUGAAGAAUCAGGACCAGCCACUCCCAUGUUUUUCAUCCUGUCUCCAGGGGUGGACCCACUGAAGGACGUGGAAAAUCAAGGUAAAAAACUCGGAUAUACCUUCAACAAUCGGAACUUUCACAACGUGUCUUUGGGGCAAGGACAGGAGGUAGUGGCUGAGGCUGCGCUGGACCUAGCUGCGAAGAAAGGUCACUGGGUCAUUUUGCAGAACAUCCACCUGGUAGCCAAGUGGCUCAGCACCCUGGAAAAGAAGCUGGAGGAGCACAGCAAAAACAGCCACCCAGAGUUCCGGGUCUUCAUGAGUGCAGAGCCUGCGCCCUCCCCUGAGGGCCACAUCAUCCCCCAGGGCAUCCUGGAGAACUCCAUUAAGAUCACCAAUGAGCCUCCCACAGGCAUGCGUGCCAACCUGCACAAGGCCCUGGACAACUUCACUCCGGACACCCUGGAGAUGUGUUCCCGGGAGACGGAGUUUAAGAGCAUCCUCUUUGCUCUUUGUUACUUUCACGCGGUUGUGGCGGAAAGACGAAAGUUUGGGCCCCAGGGAUGGAAUCGCUCCUACCCCUUCAAUAUUGGGGACCUCACCAUCUCUGUGAACGUGCUCUACAACUUCCUGGAAGCCAAUGCAAAGGUCCCCUAUGAUGAUUUGCGUUACCUCUUUGGAGAGAUCAUGUAUGGAGGCCAUAUCACUGAUGACUGGGACAGGAGACUCUGCAAGACCUAUCUGGAGGAAUUCAUUAAACCGGAAAUGCUAGAAGGAGAGUUGUCUCUGGCCCCAGGGUUUCCACUCCCAGGCAACAUGGACUACAAUGGUUACCAUGAGUACAUUGAUGCCGAGCUGCCCCCGGAGUCCCCGUAUCUCUAUGGCCUCCACCCCAACGCAGAGAUUGGCUUCCUGACCCAGACCUCAGAAAAACUCUUCCGCACGGUGCUGGAGCUGCAGCCCCGGGAUAGCCGAGCUGGAGGUGGAGCCGGGGCCACAAGAGAAGAAAAGGUCAAGGCCCUCCUGGAAGAAAUACUGGAGCGAGUGACAGACGAGUUUAACCUCCCAGAGCUGAUGGCUAGAAUGGAGGAGCGCACCCCCUACAUGGUAGUGGCCUUCCAGGAGUGCGAGCGCAUGAACACCCUCACCCGGGAGAUGCAGCGCUCACUAAGGGAGCUGGACCUCGGCUUGAAGGGGGAGCUGACCAUGACCAGUGACAUGGAGAACGUACAGAACGCCCUGUACCUAGACACAGUGCCAGAGCCCUGGGCCAGGCGAGCCUACCCUUCCACAGCAGGCCUGGCAGCCUGGUUUGUGGACCUCCAACUCCGAAUUAAGGAGCUGGAAGCUUGGGUAGGCGACUUCGCAAUGCCCUCCACCGUGUGGCUGACAGGCUUCUUCAACCCCCAGUCCUUCCUGACCGCCAUAAUGCAGUCCAUGGCCCGCAAGAACGAGUGGCCACUGGACCAGAUGGCCCUGCAAUGUGAUGUGACAAAGAAGAACAGAGAGGAAUUCAGAAGCCCUCCUCGGGAAGGGGCCUACAUCUACGGCCUCUUCAUGGAAGGUGCUCGCUGGGAUGUACAGGCUGGGAUCAUUGCGGAGGCGAAGCUGAAGGACCUGACGCCCCCCAUGCCCGUGGUGUUCAUCAGGGCCAUCCCUGCAGACAAGCAGGAUGGCCGCGGUGUCUAUCCUUGUCCUGUGUACAAGACUUGUCAGCGGGGACCCACCUACGUGUGGACUUUCAACCUGAAGACUAAGGAGAAGCCAUCAAAGUGGGUUCUGGCUGGAGUAGCUUUGCUUCUCCAGAUUUAGCUUCCUGCAGCGCCGCUGAGAAAGCCAGGCUGGGCUGGAGACUCCCCAAAGGAACAAGUGUGUGAGGGGGACCACAGACAGAGCAUAACACUCCCAACUCUGUACAGUUCUGUUAGGGAACUCGGAGAGAAGUGCCGAAAGUGAGGCUGAGCUGGGCAGUGUGGACCCAGGAGCUAGGGACGAGGCACUUCAGAACACUGAGCCUGUGCUAAUAAAGUGAUUUAUUCUCCAGCUGUGUCUGGCCUGGGCUUUGAGAGCUGCAGCGUGAUAAAUGAUCCGAGUACACCUGGGCCUGACAUGGUUACAUGGCGCCGCUCCCGGUGCCCGAGGUCCCAGCUGCUCCGUAGACUAGCGGCAUUGGCAUCACCCAUAAAUCAGUUUGCAUUUUAACAAGCUCCCCAGAUGAUCUGUAGGCACAUUAUGAUUUGAGAAACAUUACUUUGGACUGGGGGUCACUAAACUUUCUGUAAAGGAUCACAGUAAAUAUUUUAGACUUUGCAGAACAUAUUGUUUUGUUGCAACUACUCAGCUCUGCCACUAUAGCCCCAAAGCAGCCAGAGACAAGAAGCAAAUGGGCGUGGCCACAUUCCAACAGAACUUCAUUUACAAAAACAGGUGGUGGGCCAUAUUUUGCUGAUCACUACUCUAGAGGACAAGGGUGAUAUACCGGGGAUGCCAAAAACAUGUAUACACGUGACCUGUAGUCAUCUUUUGUUAUCGGUAUAUAUUAUUAC